AUGGACCAGACAUUACCAGCAACGGGCACGACCAUUAGCCCGCCUGGGCCGACCCUGAACGUCGACCCCCGCUUUCAGACCAUUACGAUACUCACACCCUCCCUGACGGGAUCGGGAUUCGAUCAAGUGGAGACGACGCCGGCAGAGAUAUCCUCGGUAUAUUUCCUCGCCUUCAACACAGCCAUCGGCUACAGCGCCCAGAUCGGGGCCUGCUUCAUCAUGCUCCUGGUGCUGCUCACCAUGACGGCCAAGGCGCGCUUCGCCCGCAUCCCCACCGUCAUCAACACGGCGGCGCUCGUCGUGUCCAUCAUCCGCUGCACGCUCCUCGUCGUUUUCUUCACCUCGACCAUGAUGGAGUUCUACACCGUCUUCAGCGACGACUUUUCCUAUGUCCACCCAAACGACGUCCGGCGCUCCGUGGCUGCUACCGUCUUUGCGCCACUGCAGCUCGCCCUCGUCGAGGCCGCCCUCAUGGUCCAGGCCUGGGCCAUGGUCGAGCUGUGGCCGCGCACAUGGAAGGUGAGCGGCAUCGCCUUCUCCCUGCUCCUGGCCUCGGUCACCGUGGCCUUCAAGUGCGCCUCGGCCGCCAUCACGGUCAAGAGCGCCCUGGAGCCGUUGGAUCCGCGUCCGUACCUGUGGAUCAGACAGACGGACCUGGCUUUUACUACGGCCAUGGUCACCUGGUUCUGCUUCCUGUUCAACGUCCGUCUCGUCAUGCACAUGUGGCAGAACAGGAGCAUCCUGCCGACGGUCAAGGGGUUGAGUCCGAUGGAGGUCCUGGUCAUGGCGAAUGGCUUGUUGAUGGUGUUUCCUGUCCUAUUCGCCGGCCUCUACUACGGCGACUUUGGCCAGUUCGAAUCCGCCUCCUUGACCAUCACGUCGGUGGUCUUAGUCCUCCCGCUCGGCACCCUGGUGGCCCAGCGCCUCGCCGUGGCCAACACGGUGGCCGGCUCGACCGGCACCACGGACAUGGACGACAAGCUCGCCUUCCUGGGCAACGCCACGACCGCGACGCACCACUCCUCCUCGGCUGCCGGCCGCUCCAGGCUGGCCUCGCCGCGACUGCAUUCCCAACUCAGCACGAGCGUCUCGGCGGGCAAGCCGCGCGUCGACCCUAUCGACCUCGAGCUGCAGCGCAUCGACGAUGACGAUGGCGAUUUUGGCAGGUCGGGUAGCGCCGGCGGCGUGAGGAUCGAGAGGAGCAUCGAGAGGAGGGAGGAGAGGCUC